AAUAAACUCAACGAAGAAGUGAUUCUUACGUCGCUUGAAUGUGACGUCAUUAUUCUUCACGUGUGGCUAUCACAACACUUAGCUUGUUUAUGAACUGAUAUAACAAAUUAACUCUUCAUCUUUAGAUAUACAUUUAGACACAAGGACAGCCAUGACCUCCCACUGCCGGCGCCCUGAACACACAGCCCCUCCAGAUGUGUUCUACAAUGAAGCCGAGGCAAAGAAGUACUCUCAGAACUCUCGAAUGAUUGAGAUCCAAACCCAGAUGUCUGAAAGAGCUGUGGAGCUUUUAAACCUACCCGAAGGACAGCCCUGCUUCCUGUUGGAUGUGGGAUGCGGCUCUGGUCUCAGUGGAGACUACCUGUCCGAGGAGGGACACUACUGGGUCGGAGUAGACAUCAGCACUGCUAUGCUUGAUGUUGCCCUGGACAGAGAAGUAGAGGGAGACCUUUUAGUGGGGGACAUGGGGCAGGGGAUGCCGUUCCGUUCCGGGACAUUUGACGGUUGCAUCAGUAUCUCUGCUCUGCAGUGGCUCUGUAAUGCCGACAAGAGGACACAUAGUCCUCCGAAGAGACUCUACACCUUCUUUAGUACUCUUUACUCUUCUCUGUCAAGAGGCUCACGUGCAGUUUUCCAGCUUUAUCCAGAGAACUCGGAACAGCUUGAGCUGAUCACGACUCAGGCCAUGAAGGCAGGUUUCGGUGGAGGCAUGGUGGUGGACUACCCCAACAGCAGUAAAGCUAAAAAGUUCUUCCUGUGUCUGUUUGCUGGAGUAACUGGUGCUCUUCCCAAGGGAUUGGGAACAGAAACGUCAGACAGAGCUUUAUCAAACCAGGUCCAGUAUUCAGGACAAAGAUGCCGGUUCAAAGGCAUGAAGGGGAAAUCAGCGAAGAAGGGACGCGAUUGGAUUUUGGAGAAAAAGGAGAGGAGGAGAAGGCAGGGACGGGAGGUUCGAGCUGACACAAAAUACACUGCACGUCAGAGAAGACCUCAUUUCUAGCUCUGACUCAUGCAGCUGUGCCUUCAUUAGCUCUCGUCUGUACCACCCAGCACACAAUCACCAUUCAAACUGCAAAGUGUGGAUAAGAUAACAAGUAAAGUGCUAUUAUGCCCGAUGCAUUUUACAUUUGGUUGAGUGUAUAGCAAUUUUUCUAACAAAUGUUUGUCAAGAUUGCACUCUCCAUACUCGGGUUGGCUGUACAUGGACAGAAAUCUUUAAAAGCUUACAGGGGAGAAAGAUUUAUCUUUGACAGCACCAAUAAUGUCAAAAGAAUUACAACAAUUAUCCUAAAUUAUCAAAUGUCACAUUUUCGAUAUGUGUUUAUUAAAAACCUAUAAAAAGAUA